AUGAAGCUACGACGUGAGGCUGUUCCUUCAUCGGGUGAAAAUGCUGCGGCUGAGGAUGCGGCGCCACAACUUGCUGAGCAAACGGCAAAUGUGGAUGCCGCCGUGAACACGCCAGUUGUGGUUGAUUCAGACGAUGAUGGAACAGUCACCCAGGAACUGGAACUAGAGCAAAUGAGGUAUAGAUUGGAAGAGGCGAUUGUGGAAACGCGCAGUACGCCUCUCGAAAAUCGACCGCGACUUCCCCGCUUAGCCCUAAGCAAGCUGAAUCGGGCUGUCGUGAGGGCUCUGAACCCAAUGCUGGUUACCUAUUUGGAAGCCAGCCGGGACCUUUGCAAGACGGACUCAAUUCUUUUUGGCGCCGCACUGGUAGUGCACCGUAUUAUAGGCGCCAAACUUUCUACGGCUGGACGCGCUACUGGACAAAGUAGUGCUAUCCCAGCCUAG